AUGAUGAUUCCUCAGCUGCCCACCGAAAUCCUCCAGCAUGUCCUCGAGGCACUGUGGCAAAUGCCACUCACAACUCAAGCGCGCACGACCCUCAUGACAACUUUGCCUCUCGUCAAUUCGACUUGGGCGGACCUCUUUGACAUGAUUUCGACGAAAAAUGUUUACAUCAUGAGCCCAGCAAUCGAGGAGCACUUCCUGCAUUCAGUUCGUGCUUCAGCGCAGCCAUCGUCAAAACCGAGCAGGCGAAAUCGUUUUUGCCGUCUGUUCAGGUGGCCCGGAAAGCGGAUGGCAUCCAACCCACCUCCCAAACGAUCCGCCAACCUCGCCUGCCAGACCCUCACUAUCCAGAUAGCCAACCCCGCUAUUCACCCCCACCUCCGACCUCAUAUGCCAAUGACCAAUAUUUUUGAUGAACUCCUUGAGAACAUCGAUGCCCACAGCCUUCUCCCCAACCUGCAUGCGCUGUCGAUUGAAUACGUCGACGCGCCAUUUGAGGAUGUUUUCCUACGGAUGGGGCUGGCGGCCUUGCCAGAGCACGUUUCAGACUUGGCCGUGUCUUGGUCCUACAGCGACGGCAUGCCACCAUGGCUAGCAACGGCUUUGCGAGAGAAACAAAAGCCCCAAAGAACCCUUCGAUGGGCUUCUCAGAGUGUCCAGCGAGUGUCGGUGUCGGGGGCGGGGGAAAAUGUAGUCAAAGAUUUGCGUCGAGUGUGUCCAAAUGCGAAAAUCAGUGUGAACUGA